UGCCUGAAGCAGUAAUCGGACAACUCUCUUUCUCAAUAAGACAGUCUCUUGAGAUACUGCGCGGGGCUCCAUGGGUUCCAGCAGCCUAAAAUGAAAAAGAAAAAAGUGAUCUUGUAGUUUACUUUUGAGUGUGCUGCAGAUUCGACCAACACCUGAGAACUGUUUUAGAGAGUGUGCUGUCCUUUCUGCUGGACUGACUGACCUUUCUAGAAGAUUUCUUUUUAAAACGAAGCUGUGAGAGGGGAUAAACACGGAGGGAUUCAACUAUAUUUGUAGUCUAUGGAAAUGCAGGAUCUAGCCAGUCCUCACAGCCGAGUAAGUGGAAGCAGUGAAUCUCCUAAUGGUCCCAACCUCGACAACUCGCACAUCACUAACAAUUCCAUGACACCCAAUGGCACUGAAGGUGAUAACAUCACAAUGCUUACCACUGCAGACUGGUUGUUAGGUUCUAACUCACAGUCCACUGCAGUUAAAACAGAGCCAAUGAGCAGCAGUGAAAUCGUCUCCUCAGUAGCAGACACCUCUCUAGACAGCUUCUCAGGAUCAGCUAUUGGAACCAGUGGCUUCAGCCCAAGACAAACUCACCAGUUCUCUCCGCAGAUCUACCCUUCCAACAGAACGUAUCCGCAUAUUCUCCCUACCCCUUCAUCCCAAAACAUGGCUGCAUAUGGACAGACACAGUACACCACAGGAAUGCAGCAGGCCGCAGCUUAUGCGAGCUACCCCCAGCCCGGCCAGCCCUAUGGCAUCCCAGCUUACGGCAUAAAGACGGAGGGGGGUCUGAGCCAGUCCCAGUCCCCGGGACAGACGGGCUUCCUGGGCUACAGCUCCGGCUUCACCACGCCGCAGACGGGACAGGCCCCCUAUAGUUACCAGAUGCAGGGUGGAACUUUCACCACCACAACAGGACUGUACGCAGGAAACAACUCCCUGACAAACUCCACCGGCUUCAACAGCACACAACAGGACUACCCCAGUUAUCCAGGUUUCGGCCAGGGCCAGUAUGCACAGUAUUACAACAGCUCACCCUACACUUCACCCUACAUGACGAGCAACAACACCAGCCCCAGCACGCCGUCCACCACCACCACCUACACCCUCCAGGAGCCGCCCGCCGUCAUCACCAGUCAAGCCAUUACAGACAACCCCGCAGGAGAGUACAGUACCAUCCACAGUCCAUCAACCCCCAUUAAAGAUUCAGAUUCGGAUCGAUUGCGCCGGGCCUCGGAUGGAAAGUCACGUGGCCGUGGAAGAAGGAACAACAACCCAUCACCGCCGCCCGACUCUGACCUUGAGCGAGUUUUCAUCUGGGACCUGGAUGAAACAAUCAUCGUUUUCCAUUCCUUGCUUACGGGUUCUUACGCCAACAGAUAUGGACGGGACCCGCCUACAUCUGUGUCAUUGGGUCUGAGGAUGGAAGAGAUGAUCUUCAACCUGGCCGACACGCACCUAUUCUUUAAUGAUUUAGAGGAAUGUGACCAGGUACACAUCGACGACGUGUCCUCUGACGACAACGGUCAGGAUCUAAGUACGUAUAACUUCAGCGCUGACGGUUUCCAUGCGGCAGCUACCAGUGCCAACCUGUGUCUGGCCACAGGCGUGCGGGGAGGCGUGGACUGGAUGCGAAAGCUGGCCUUCCGUUACAGACGAGUAAAAGAAAUCUACACCACCUACAAAAAUAACGUCGGAGGUCUGCUGGGCCCGGCCAAAAGGGAAGCCUGGUUGCAAUUGCGAGCAGAAAUUGAAGCCUUGACGGACUCCUGGUUAACACUGGCACUGAAAGCACUAACAUUAAUCCACUCAAGGUCAAACUGUGUGAAUAUCCUGGUGACCACCACGCAGCUCAUCCCCGCCCUGGCUAAGGUCCUGCUCUACGGCCUGGGAAUCGUCUUUCCUAUCGAGAAUAUUUAUAGCGCAACCAAAAUAGGGAAGGAGAGUUGCUUUGAGAGAGUAAUUCAAAGGUUCGGGAGGAAAGUUGUUUACAUUGUCGUCGGAGAUGGGGUAGAAGAGGAGCAAGGCUCUAAAAAGCACAACAUGCCCUUCUGGAGGAUCUCCAGCCAUUCGGACCUCAUGGCCCUCCACCACGCUCUAGACCUGGAGUACUUGUAGCACUGCACCGCCGCCGCGUACCCCUCCGCGCCUCAGCAAGCUUCUUACCUUCUCCCGCCCGCCUGCCGCGGCCACCAGAGCUCAGAGAACAGACCCCCCCCACACACACACACCCCACACACCCACCCCGCUCUUUACCCGGUGCUGCCCGCCGUCUGUCUUUCACUACCAAAAAGAAGAAAAGACGAGGAGUGUGGGGGGGGGGAGAAAAAAAGAAGCACGCCGUUAAUGUGCUGACAUACAGUCACACAUCGUCUUAACCCUCAACUUUUUCUUCUUUUUUUUUUUUUCCUUCUGCUGAGCGAAGGAGGGAAAGGUGAAUUUAUGGCGCAGCAGCUGCUUGCCCCUCGGUUACCGUGAAUCAGCCGCUUUCUGAAGCUGUCACAGUUUCACCCCCCCCCCCACCUCCCCAUUUGUGUUGGGACUUCGUCAGGGUUCACGCCUGUGAGGAGGGCAGAGCCACCGAGCUCACCUCGCUGGUCGCAGGCGGUGACUGGCAGUGACAUUUCCCCCAUCCCUUCGGAUCAACCCCCCCCCCCCACAUCUUCCGCUCUUAUAGGUCUCCCCUCCAAAAUAGGGCAUACAGACAAAGAGACUGCUCCGAUGUCAAGCGUCGGCCCGGGAGUGCUGUGCUUCUUAUUUAUGAACAGAGACUUUGUUAAAGUGGCGCCGCGCCACUGGGAAGGUACCUCCGUGACAAAAGACUUGUGCCUUUUGCAAAGUACGAUUAAUUUCCACCGCAGUGAGAGGAAGAAACAAAGGAAAAAAAAGGGGGGUUUUUCUAAUAAUUUAAGAAAAUUAACAAAAAACUUUAUUUACAGUGCUGAGACAAUCGUGUACAGAAGAAAUCCUUUUUUUUGUGUGUGUAAGUUUGUAAUCACUGGACUAUUCCCUCCUAUAUUCAUUUAGGUACAUGCUCUUGAAAGGUGGCAAUUCUUUUUUUUUAUUGAAGUAAGAAAGACUGAAUAGAUAGAGGCAUCCCAUCGCAUAUGACGCUUGUGCGACACCUGAAAGUGUUGACGUGUUCAAGUUCUGUUUGAUAAACAAAUAUGUAGAUAAGGGGAUUUUGUGAUGGACUGGUUUGUCAAGACCAAAAGCAUGGAUGUCAAGUGUCAAGGACCUUUCUGUUAGUUCUGGGAUGUUUCUCAUCUUCAUGGGAGCUUUCAUUUGCAAGUCCUUUUUUAGACACAUAUUUCAAAGAGUUUUUUUGUUUUUUUCUUUUGUAAUUCAGAAAGGUAGCUCACAACAUGUGUCCUGAUGGCAUUUCACCAGCUUGCAGCCCUGACCCCAUAUAACUGAAAUUAAACCUAAUUCUGAUAAGGGUUUCAGAAAACCGGCAAGCCCAAGAGCCAUUUUAAUGACAAAUUUGAAUAAAUCUGAUAUUUAAAGAAGCAAGCUUGAAUAGGUUUUAUUAUCUUUUAUACAAGCACUAUAAAAACUCUUGUACAGCAAGCGUAAUUUUGUAUGAUGUAGUGUUUUUAUUUCAAAGUUUGGAGGAAGGAAAACAAAAAAAAAGAAACCUUCUGUGUCCCCUUUUGAAAUCCACAAAGCCCUUUCUGUAGUUUUUUCUUCAUCUGUGGACGGGAAAAAAAAAAAAACAAAGAGAACAGUGAGAGAAAAGCCACUAACUUUGAGGGGUUUGUGAACUUACAGGACAUGUGCUAUCGACUGUGAAUUUCUUAAACAGAAACCGAACUCGUUGCGUUUCUAAUUUUCCCUCCUUUGCACAUGAUCACUGUUGGCCUUUGCAUUUCAUUUCGAAUCCUUCUCUCCCCCACACCCCCCCUCUGUCUCGAAUCGACUUCUCUCCCCCUCACUCCGGGGUAUCUACGUAUUGCUGCUAGAUCAAGGUAAUGGUAGGUAAAUAGAGGAAAUGUUUUAUAGAUUCAUACAGCACGCUUUUAUAUUAUGUUGCAAUCAUAAAUGCAAACUGGAAAUACUUUACACUACAUGGGCCUCAUUGUGAAAACUCGAGAUUGUUGUGUCUGCAAAAUAUGUGUACAGAUGUUUUUGACAUUAUUAUUUGAUUGUGUUUAAAUUAAUAAAACUGAUU